AUGGCCUCCGAACUAAACUCGACUGCCUUAAAAACCGCAUUAACACAUGUAUUUAUAUUAUUUCCUUUUGUGAGACAAACCUAUCUAGUGAUAUACUGGACUCUGAACUUGAACUCUACAACUUUAAUUUACAUAGACAGGACAGGACCCCUGAGAACAGUUGUAAAAAAAUCUAAAGGUGGUGUGUUGGUGGCUGUCAACAGGAUUUAUCCCUCGUGGAAACUGCAAUCGUCCUUUACAAACCUUGAGUGUAUAUUUGUAUGUAUCAAAAUUGCUUCUUCUCUAAUCCUGUUAUGUUCUGCAUAUUUGCCACCAGCUUCAUUAGCAUCUACAUAUAAUGAUUUUGGUUUAGCUGUCGAAGAAAUUGUUACCAAUGGACCACGGUUUGACAAAAUAAUUAACACGGGUGACUUUAAUCAACCCAGUGUAAAUUGGACAGACUGUUUAAGUUCAGCCCUCAACACAUCUUCUCAACACCUGGUUGACCUGGCCUGUUUCUUUAACCUUAAGCAACAUAACACCGUGCUCAAUAAGAGAGGAGUCAUCCUGGACCUGAUUUUUUCAUCUGACCUCCAUACUAUUGUGGAACCAGCAGUGGAUAUCCUAAUUGACCUUGAGGAUGAUCACCCCGCCCUAAUCUGGGAUAUGGUCUUGAACUCAUCUCCGCCCCCUUCACGAGUCACUUUCAUUCUAGACCUAAAACGCUGUGAUCUCAUUGCAGUAUUCAACUGGCUAUCAAACCAAUCCUACCCAGUAGUAACUUCAAACAACGUAGAACACUGUUUCUCUACCUUCUGCGCUGACCUUAGCUCUAUAGGGAGAGCAAAUUGCCCUUUGAAAAAAAUUGGUGCCUCUGUUUUCCCGUCAUGGUAUUCUUCUGAGUUAAAGGACUUCAUCAUCCGUAAAAAAACUGUUCACAAGCUCUACAAGUCAACCCUUAAGUAUGAACAUCUGUUAAACUUCAAGCAGCUCAGGUACCAUUGCAGACUGUUGGUCUCUCACUGUCGUCAACGUUUUAUGAACCGCAUUAACCAGUCAGUUAUAAGCAACUCUAAGCUCCUCUGGGGCUUUGUAAACCAACUGAGAAAUGUAUUAUCUUUCCCCACCAAGAUUACCUUCGAAGGUAGGACGGCUGAAGACUCCGAUUAUAUCUCUAACCUAUUUGCUGACUACUUCUCCACAAUCUUCAAGGAACCAGCAAGUGAGCCCCCAACUUACAACUACACCAAGUCAAAGAACAUAUCAAUCUGGCAAAGCUGCUGUGACCGUCGAGAGGAAACUAAAAAAUCUCAACCCUGA